AUGAGCUCUCUCGGAGGGCCGACUGAAGACGGCAGCGAGGCGCCCGGGCCUGCAGGUGAGCCCGCAGCGGCGGCGGAGCCUCCCCAGGACCGAGCAGGCGGGGAUGCUGGGCCCGGCGUCGAGGUCCGCAUCGAUGGGCUGGGGCAGGAGGCGGUCUUGCCGCCGCCCGAAGGCCCGGAAGCCGCCCCGGACCGGAGUGCAGGGGAGGAGGGGGCUGAGAAGCCAGCAGAUGAGGAUGCAGAGGCCCGGCCGCGCCUCCCGAAUGUGGCUCUGCAGAUGAGGUCCCUGGAGGCCAUCCAGCUGGAUCUGAACGCAGUGAAUGCCCAGGCCGACCGCGCCCUCCAGCAGCUGCAGCACAAGUAUGGGCAGCUCCGACAGUACUAUCUGGAGCGCAGGAACUACGUGAUCCAGAGCAUCCCCGGCUUCUGGGUCACGGCCCUUCGCAACCACCCGCAGCUGUUCGAGAUGAUUACAGGCCGAGAUGCGGAGAUGCUAAGAUACAUAACUAACCUGGAGGUGAAGGAGUCCAGACUCUCUAGGUCAAGUUGCCGGUUCAAGUUCUUCUUCCGAAGAAACCCCUUCUUUAGAAACACUCUGAUCGUCAAGGACUACGAGGUCAGACCCACUGGCCAAGUGGUAUCGCUCUCCACUCCAAUCAUCUGGCGCCCAGGCCAUGAACCGCAGCCCUUCAUUUAUGGGAACCAGGAGGUCACGUGUAGUUUCUUCACCUGGCUUUCAGACCACAGCCAUCCAGAGCGUGACAAGAUUGCCCAGAUUAUCAAAGAGGACCUCUGGCCAAACCCACUCCAGUAUUACCCCUUCCACGUAGGGGCUCCUAGAGCCAGACGUCACCAGAUCAGAGAACCUGUGGAGAUUCCUAGACCCUUUGGUUUCCAGUCUGGUUAG